AUGUAUGUGGACCUCGUGCAAAAUGACCAUUUCAGUGUCUCAUUGGCCAGAGAAGCAUUUGAAGAUUCACAUAUCGCCCAACUCUGCGAGAGCUUCGGUGCCCAUGCCGAGGCAUUGUCUGGUCAGCUUCCCUCUGCGAAGCUGCCUGCCUCCUUGGACAUGGCAGAGGAGUCGAUCAGGGAGGAACGCGACAAGGUGAUUAAGGAGUUCCAUCUGGAUGAAACCUUUUUGCGGCGGUUGCGUCAUUGCCUUCAGAAGAAGCGCGAGGACUUGGAGUCCACGAACUCCGAGCUG